CAGAAACGUAGUUUAUAAAAACUGAUUUAGGGGAUUUUUAGGGAGAGAGAAGAAAAAAUUCAGAACUUAGAGCCUACAUGAUGCAGGAGAUCAUCCGCCUACCUAUGAAGUUUCUUCUUCUAUGUAUCGCCGUUUCUUUAUUAUUCCAACAUUGUUCUUGCCUAAAGAUUGGAGAAACUUGUACCAACAGUAAUUGUGAUGAAGGCCUAGUCUGCUCCACUUGUCCUGUUACUGGCAAUACCCGACCCAGAUGUACCCGCAUUCAACCCACUAUUCCUACCACCAAGGUAAAAGGUUUGCCAUUCAACAAGUAUUCGUGGUUGACGACCCACAACUCCUUUGCAAUUUCCGGGUCAAAAUCUGCAACCGGGUCUGAUAUUCUUACUCCGACCAACCAGGAAGAUUCCAUUACUAGUCAGCUCAAGAAUGGCGUUCGAGGACUUAUGCUUGAUAUGUAUGAUUUCAACAAUGACAUCUGGCUUUGUCAUUCAUUUGGUGGAAAGUGCUACAAUGUUACAGCAUUUCAACCUGCAAUCAAUUCACUGAAAGAAAUUCGAGGGUUUCUCGAAAAAAACCCAUCAGAGGUUGUCACAAUCUUCAUUGAAGACUAUGUCUCAUCUCCAAAGGGCUUGAGCAAGGUAUUUAAUGCUUCUGGUCUUAAUAAGUACUGGUUUCCAGUUUCUCGUAUGCCCCAAAAAGGAGAAGAUUGGCCUACAGUGGAAGACAUGGUCAAGCAGAAUCAACGUCUUGUAGUCUUCACCUCUAAAUCAUCAAAGGAGGCUUCUGAGGGCAUUGCUUAUGAGUGGAGAUACGUUGUAGAAAACCAAUAUGGAGAUGGCGGGAUGAAAGCUGGUUCUUGUCGAAGUCGUUCUGAAUCAUCUGCUUUGAGUACAUCAGCAAUUUCUUUGGUUCUGCAGAAUUAUUUUCCUGAGAAUCCCAACCAAACAGAAUCUUGUUUGGAUAAUUCUGCUCCGCUAGUUACUAUGACGAAGACUUGCUUUGAAGCUGCUGGCAAAAGGUGGCCAAACUUUAUUGCUGUUGAUUUUUAUCAGAGAAGUGAUGGCGGUGGAGCUCCAGAAGCCGUAGAUCAAGCAAACGGCCAAUUAACUUGUAACUGUAGCAGUAUUGCCUAUUGCAAGGCAAAUGGUACAUCACGCAAAUGCGAGGCACCAGUGUUGUCACCCCCACCACCAGCGCGAGAAGCAUCUACAGGAACAUCACAAAAUGGCAACAACAAAUCUCAUUCAAAUAGAAGUAAACCAUUUCAUUGGUUGAUUGGCACAAUUUUUGCAGCGGCAAUUCUUCUUUUCCACGUAUAAUUGCUGCAUUCUCCAGAAGUCUAUACUCAAAUUUUCGGAUCAAACACAUUUCAUACCACGGAAGAAUGACGAUCCUCCUCCUUAUCUUUUAUUUUUUAAUUUAUCUUGUAUUUACUGGUUCUAUCAACAAAAAAAAAAAAACUUGUAUUUACUGGUUGAGUUUCUUCACUUUUCGGAGAUUGAUGUGUUUAUGAUUAAAAUGUGUAUAGACACAUAAUAGGGCUUAAUGAAAUGAAACGGAAAAUUGAA